GACCCGAUGACACGGAUACAGGUGAUACAUGAGGUUAGCGUAGGCGCCUUUACGCUGUAUGAUGCAUGUAACUCAACUCUGGGAAGAUGGGAGACGCGCCAGCCUGGCGACGCUGCUGGUCACAGUCGUCUUCUGCUUCUACUUCUCAUUCACUCUCAUCACCUUGACCCCGACUCGUUUCACAGCGCAACAUGCCUUUGAAUCAUCGUUUUGCUCCAGCAGCCCGCAAUGUCUUGCGCUUACAGGCUUGUCCAUGGAUCAGUAUCAGGCAAUCGAUCCAGAAGCCUCUUUUGCGAGCUGGAGUGGCUACCAGCGGCCACUUCAAGUUGCCAAAUGCUCACAACGAGGAGAACCUACACUAUGCAAAAGCUUCUCCGGAGAGGCUUCAGCUCGACACAGCGUUACGAUCAUUGCGCUCGCAGCUUCCACUCCCUGUCCCGCUCCAUGUUUCAGGCAGCGUGAAGACAACAAGCAGCACUUUGAAAUCGACUAUGCCUUCAGAGCACGCCCAAGUCUUUGCGAAUUCAAGCUCAGCAAGCGCUGAAGACGUCCAAAACGCCAUCGAAUCUGCUCUUGAGGCCAAGAAGUCCUGGCAAGCAACGCCGUUCGUGGACCGGGCAGCAAUCUUUUUGAAGGCUGCAGAGCUCGUGGCCGGCAAGUAUAGAUACGAACUUGUAGCGGCAACCAUGUUGGGUCAGGGGAAGAACGCGUGGCAGGCUGAGAUCGAUGCGGCUGCUGAGCUUGCCGACUUCUUCCGCUUCAAUGUUUCGUAUGCCGAAGAAGUCUAUAACAAGCAGCCAACUCUGAACGCUCCAGGAAACUUUGGACGAACAGACUGGCGACCUCUCGAAGGCUUCGUUUACGCCAUCUCACCUUUCAACUUUACCGCAAUCGGCGGCAACCUCAUAUCUGGUCCAGCCAUCAUGGGCAAUGUCGUUCUUUGGAAGCCUUCACCGACAGGUGUCUACGCAAGUUGGCUUGUAUACCAGAUCCUUCUCGAAGCCGGUCUUCCUCCCAACGUCAUCCAGUUCCUGCCCGGCGACGCAGAGACCAUCACAAAGACUGUCUACGAACACAAAGAAUUCUCAGCCUUGAACUUCACUGGCUCUUCAGACGUCUUCCGCAGUCUGUAUGCCAAAGCUGCUGAAGGUGUCGUUGGUAAAAAAUACCGCGACAUGCCCCGUAUGGUCGGCGAGACGUCUGGAAAGAACUUCCAUUUGAUACACUCCUCUGCCGACAUGAAUAACGCCGUCAAACACACCAUUCGAGCAUCAUUUGAGUACUCGGGUCAAAAGUGCUCUGCAUGCUCCCGUGUCUACAUACCUCAGAGCAGAUCUAAAGAGUUCCUUGACCGGAUCGAGAAAGAGAUGGAGCCAAUCAGGGUCGGUCAGCCUGAAGAUUACGAGAACUUCUUGGGACCCGUCAUCCACAAGGCCUCAUUCGACAAGAUUGCCAACAUCAUCGACAAGGCGAACGGUGACAGCAGAUUACAAAGCAUCUUCGGAGGCUCAUACGACGGAAGUAAAGGGCAUUUCAUCCACCCAUCACUAUACGUCGCGAAUACGCUCGACCAUGAGUUGUUCGACGAGGAAAUAUUUGGUCCAGUACUCGUAGCGUACAUUUACCCGGACCAAGAGUUUGAUCAAGUCAUGGCCAAGAUCGAUACACAAGGAGGAGGCUUCGCUCUGACAGGAGCAAUCUUUGCCAACGACCGAAGUGUUCUGCGUCAUGCAGAGGAUACCUUGCGAUACGCAGCUGGCAACUUCUACCUCAACUGUAAGACGACCGGUGCAGUCAUUGGUCAUCAGUCGUUUGGCGGAAGUAGAAGCAGCGGAACGAACGACAAGGCUGGAAGCGCAAAUGCCUUGAUGCGUUUCACAUCUCCCAGGACGCUGAAGGAGGAGAUGAUUCCACUACAGACAGUACUCUAUCCUAGCAACCUUACUUAAGUAACCUACAUGCCU